GGUGCCCUGAGCAGGAGGGAAGCUGUGUUUGUGGCCACACUGGUAACAGGGACUCUUGGAGAAGAGUGAUCCUCUUGUGGAGAUGCUGGAUGGCCAAGGGAGAGUCAGUGCUGGAACUGCAGCAGAAGAGAGAAGCUGCUCCUGGCUGAACAUCUGGGUCUUCCUUAGUGUUGCCCUUGCACUCAAAGCUGCCUUUGUGACCCUUUGCCUUGUGGUUCUCUUCUGGCACAGCAGUGACCAGCCCAGAGUCCUGCAGCAGCAGUUCUCGGAGUGGAAGUGCAACUCAGCAGUGCCACAAGGCACAGACCGAGGCUGGACGUGCUGCCCAGAGGGCUGGAGAAGGUUUGAAAGAAGCUGCUAUUUCCUGUCCCUUGAUAAGAUGAACUGGACUGAGAGUGAGCAGAACUGCACUGGGAUGGGCUCCCAUCUGGUGGUGAUCAACAGCAGGGCAGAGCAGGAAUUCCUCUCCUUGGAGAUAAAGCAACCUUCAUAUAGAGUGAAUUUCUACAUCGGGCUGUUUGAGGAGAAGGAGGGCCAUUGGCAGUGGGUGGACAAGACUCCAUAUAAUGAGACAGCAGCGUUCUGGAAAAAAGGAGAACCAAAUAAUAGAAACGGUGGAAACACUGCUAUAAUGAAUGUGCCUACAGAACCUCCCUACAACUGGAAUGAUGUCAAAUCAUACUGGAAAUAUUACUGGAUUUGUGAAGCUGCAGCAGUAACUGUGUGAUGGAAAUCCCCCUGUGCUGAGUAAAGCUGAGAGCUGAGCUGCGAGCUGGGAACAGCUCUGGCUGUGUUGGGAAGGGUGGGGAUACCUGACACACAUUCACUGUGUGGGGGGACCCUGUGUGUGUGUGUAAGUUACAUGAGCUUUGUCCAACAUCCCCAGUUCAUGGGGUAGCUCAGGGAACACAGGAAGGCUCAGGCUCAUCGAAGCAGGUCCUGUGUUCUUGUGCCCUCUUUUCUCUGAUAGGAUCCAGGAGCCUCAAGCUUUACAGAGAUGGACUUCUCCAGGAGGGAGACACAGGAACGGAAGACAGAUAUCCUGAGAUUCAAUGUCCUUGGUCUCCUUGAGCAGAUGUUUUUGCUUUUUGUUGACUCACACACAGAAUGUCUUCUAGCUGUCCUGGUUUUGCUGAACAAAUUCUGAAAUCUUAGACAAGA